UUUCCCUCUCGGCGGAAAACACCAGCCUCGAAUAUGCCAAGCUCACCCCACCCAGACGAUCAGGCCGUGCGCUUUCUGCCCCCGCGCCGCGCCGCGCGUGCCGCUCGUCUCGUCGGGUGUCACCGCGCCGCCCCACCCCAUCCGCGCGCCCCCGAAUCUCGCGGCGUCGCCUCGUCAUCGGCCCACAGAAAAGAAAGAAAAGGAGGAGAGCUAAUCGGCCGCCGUGCGGAGCACAGCGCGGCUCAGCGAGCGAGCGGCCGGCCGGCCCUCUCCCUCCUCACGCCGCACUUCAGCAACGUUCCUCACGCCGCACUUGAGCUGCGCGGCCUUGGCCAAGACAGCGCGCCCCCCAGACCAUGCGCGUCGUCUCCGCCCGCGCUGCUCUCCCGUCGCGCCCCCAGCAGCUGCCGCCCCCUGUCCCCGCAUGGCGAGCCCCGACAAGGUCGGCUGCUCGCCGGAGCCGCUGCCCCUCGACCGCCUCCUGGCCGAGCUAGCAGCCAACGCCGAGCGGCUCGGGAGGAGGUGGGAGGCGGCGCUCCGCAAACGGGGUGGGGGAGGGGAGGGAGCCAGAGCGGCGUGCCGGGGGUUGGAGGGUACGAAGGCGGAUGCGGCGAUACAGCUGCACACGCCGCUGUUCUACGCCACCUGCGCCCUCGGCGGGCUCCUCAGCACCGGCCUCACCCACCUCGCAGUCACUCCUCUCGACCUCGUCAAGUGCAACAUGCAGGUCGACCCUGGUAAGUACAGGGACAUUUCAUCUGGCUUCGGUGUCCUGCUCCAGGAGCAAGGUCUUGGUGGUUUCUUCAAGGGCUGGAUGGCCACGCUGGUUGGGUACAGCAGCCAAGGGGCUUGCAAGUUUGGGUUCUACGAGUUCUUUAAGAAGUGCUACUCGGACAUUGCUGGCCCCGAGCAUGCCGAGAAGUGGAAGACCUUCAUCUACCUUGCUGCGUCGGCAUCGGCUGAGUUGAUUGCAGAUGUAGCUCUCUGCCCCAUGGAGGCUGUGAAGGUUCGGGUGCAAACCCAGCCAGGAUUUGCUCGGUGCCUGACUGAUGGGUUUCCGAAGAUUGUCCAAUCUGAAGGUGCCUUUGGGCUUUAUAAAGGACUAAUUCCUCUUUGGGGUCGCCAAGUUCCUUAUACUAUGAUGAAAUUUGCUUGCUUUGAGACCAUUGUUGAGUUGGUAUACAAGCAUGCAGUUCCAAAGCCAAAAGAUGAAUGCAGUAAGCCGCUCCAGCUAGCAGUGAGCUUUGCAGGGGGGUAUAUUGCAGGAGUCUUCUGUGCUGCUAUCUCUCAUCCUGCUGACAACCUGGUGUCUUUCCUCAACAAUGCAAAGGGAGCCACUAUGGCAGAUGCUGUAAGAACUCUAGGGGUGUGGGGCCUUCUUACUCGUGGCCUUCCCCUCCGUAUUAUUAUGGUUGGUACUCUUACUGGAGCGCAAUGGGCAACAUAUGAUGCAUUUAAAGUCUUCGUUGGACUGCCGACAUCUGGUGGGCUUAUUCCUAGUCCUGCCGCUGAUUUACGCCAGGUGGGUGAUGAAAAGAAGAAUUGACUGAAUUGCGUAAAUGUUGUGCCGAGCUACCCUUAGUCGGAGUAGAUCAUGACGAGCCGUUGCUCUGAUUUCCAUGGGAACAUAGGAGGAUGAUUUAGCGAAUUGGGAAUACUAUUUUAAGAUUUAACCAGUAGGAAAUUCACAUUUAAGGGGUUUUUGUUGCUACCUCUUGAAUGACAGAGAAGUGCAAUGAAUGCAAUAAUAUUGAGUGAUGUAUUUGGCACAUUGCCAAACUGAUCUGAAUAUCAGAUGUUCAAUCGGUAAUUCUUGGCUCUGCUGGCAUUCCCUCAGUUCUUAUAUCCAUUUAUCAUCGUCUGAACUACUGAG